AUGUCAUGUUGCGUCUGCAUUUUGCACUCUAGUGGUGUUUUGUGCAGUCCCGAGCUUCUCACCCAGGCCGCUUAUGGCGUCUCCGCAAUGUUUCACUCUGUUCAGGUGGGCUCGGCUGACUUUAUUCCUUCCGUCGCCCUUCUCCGCGCCAACCCGGCUGAGGGGGCGCGAUACGCAUACACUUCAUGUGUAAGCGACGCCCCACAUGAUGCGGAGGAGGAUGAUGAUGAAAGGAGAGGUGUUUCGAGGCCAACGAACAGUGACGCCGAGCGGAGACUUGGGCUUGCAGCGUUCUUUAGGGGUCGAUCGGCCUUUCGGUUACGGCGGGCCAUUUUGCGCUGUGGGCAUGCUGCGGAGGAGAAGUGUGAAAACGGGGUCAAUGACACCGUUGAUGUGUGGCGCUGCCUUGCUGGUGCGUUGCUAACUGCAUGCGGCUUCCUCCGUGCUCGUGUCGUGGGGAAGGCGACGAGUGAUACGGCGGCCCUUGAUUUUGCCACUGCCCCGUCUACGCAGGGUUACUUGAUGGUGUUUAGUGAUGUAUGCGACACCCCUGCGUUGUCGUUUGCCGCAGAGUGCUCCUUUUCCGCGGCUGCAUUGGCCCUGACAAGGUUGCAUACCACUGUACACGUGUUUGGGCGUGCCACACUGUCUAGAGCUGUGGGAGACCGGCUUCAGGCGCUGGCGCACUCCACGGGAGGCCUAUGUGCGCCCCAGUUUUCCCUUUCUUACGUGGGUUACAUGCUGGACAGAACUGCUGCUGAAACGACGUCUCAAGAUGACAAUGCUGUGGACCGUCAGGUGCGAGAACGCCUGGUUGAACGGUAUGUGGUACAACCUGUCAAUUUGCCACAAGAGCCCAACGUCAUGUUAACCGCGGAUGGCUCCAACGCCAGCUAUUUGGCAUGGCUUUGUCCCUCUUGCAUGGCUGUGAUGGUGCGGCGGCCGUGGGAAGAUGAGGUGGGGAAGAGCUGCCCGUAUUGUCCUGUCACCAACGGAACUGACGGUAAGGGCUAA